CUCACUCUUCCAUCCCCAAGUCCUUUUCUCUGACAGGAGAAUGAGGAAGAGGAGAAACUGGAAAGUUGGGAGCACCUUGGAAAGUUUUUGUAAAGUCUCAAUGAAAGCUUCAGAAGAGCCUUUCUAGUACUUGACUAAAUGGCAAAGAAAGGGCGUACAAAGGGCGAGAAGCCCGAAGCGCUCAUCUCCGCCCUACAGGCAGCCAAUGAAGAACUCAGGUCAAAGCUGACUGACAUUCAGAUAGAGCUACACCAAGAAAAAUGCAAGGUGAGCAAACUGGAGCGCGACAAAGUGCAGGAGGUAAAGCGAGUGCGAGAGCAGGAGCAACACCGCCACACCGCCAUGUUAACAGAGCAGCGUGCCAAGUGGCACGAAGAAAAACAAAAAGAGCUGCAGGCUCUCAGGGAAAACCUGACUCGCCAACAUGAGCAGGAACUGGCCCGUCACUCCAAAAUCAAAGACCAGGAGCACCAGAGGCUCAAGGCUGCACUCGGCUCAAUGCGAGAUGGCAGCGGAGAGAAGGUACGCACAGCACUGACCCUAGAAGCCAAGGAGGAGGCUCGUCGCUUCUUUGACCAGGAGCGAGUGAAGCUCCUCCAGGAGAUAGCGGAGCUGAAAGCUGCUAAGAAGCAGACUGACGAGGCUCUCAGCAACAUGAUCCAGGCUGACAAGAUGAAGGCUGGAGACCUCAGGGUGGAGCACCAGCAGCACCAGGAGCAGAUCUCCAAGAUCAAAUGGGACUGUGAGAGGGACAUCCGAAGACUGGUGGAUGAAAUCAAAUCCAAAGACCGCACCAUCUUUGCUCUGGAGAAGGAACUUGAGUCCACAACAGGGUUCUUACAGAAGCUACAGCUUCAGAAGGACGCCUUAGAUGAACAACUGUUUCUUGUCAAAGAGGCCGAAUGUGGCCUGGAGCCCAAAAGAGAGAUUCCAGGUAGAGCCGGAGAUGGAGCAGAGCACUGUGGGAGCCCAGAUUUGCGGAGAAACCAACGUCGCAUUGCUGAACUCAACGCCAGUAUACGCAAGUUAGAGGACCGAAACUCGCUGUUGGUUGAUGAGAGGAACGAGCUUCUGAAGCGGGUUCGAGAGUCAGAGAAGCAUUGCAAGCCCAUGUUGGAGAAGAACAAGCUGCUCAGUAAGAGGAAUGAUGAUUUGACGCAAACUAUCCAAAAGCUGGAGGAAAAACUCAAGAGCCUGGCCAAGGAGAACUUUGAGAUGAAAGAGAAGAUCAGCUCCCACCCUCCACUGAAGAAGCUCAAAUCGCUCAAUGAUCUGGACCAAACCCAUGAUGAUCAGGAAGUAGCCUUUCUCAAGCUUCAAGUCCUUGAACAGCAAAGUAUGAUUGACGAAUUGACAAGAGACAGAGAAAAACUACUAAGAAAAAAGAGGCAUAAAAGAAGCUCCAGGCCAAUCAAGAGACACAUCGUAGUGGAUACAUUCUUUGGCUAUGAUGAAGAGUCUAUGGACUCCGAGUCAUCCUCAGUGGCUUCGUUUCGCAUGGACAGAAAUCCUGCCACUCCUGAUGAAGAUAUGGAGGAGGGUCUCGCCAAUGAGGAGUCGGAACUGCGUUUUCGACAGUUGACCAGAGAGUACCAGGCUUUACAGCGAGCAUAUGCAUUGCUGCAGGAACAGAAAGGUGGCAUACUGGAUGCUGAGAUGGAAGCAAAGGCUCAGGAGCAGCUCCACGCAGAUGUUCUCAGGUAUAAAGCCAAAAUAGAAGACUUGGAGAAAGAACUGGCCCACAAAGGACAGGACUCCAAAUGGGUGGAGGAGAAGCAGCUCUUCUUGCGGAGGAAUCAGGAGCUCCUAGAAAAGGUGGACAAGCUGGAGUCAGAGAACAGUCGGGCACAACAGGAGCUACAGGAUUCCAGAGACCAGAAUGAGCUGUUUAGAGUCAGGAUACUGGAGCUCGAGGAGCGUGAGCGGAGGUCGCCUCCGUUCAACCACUUGAGGAUGCAUCCCUUCUCUGAGGGAAUCAGCGCGCUGCAGAUUUACUGCAUGAAGGAAGGAGUCAAGGAUGUAUGCAUACCAGACCUCAUCAAACUUCUUGAUAUCCUGGGAGACAACGGGAACUUGAGAAAUGAGGAGCAAGUGGCCAUCAUUCAAGCGAGCACAGUCUUGUCACUCGCAGAAAAAUGGAUCCAGCAGAUUGAGGGGACGGAGGCAGCGCUUCAUCAAAAGAUGAUGGAUCUUGAGAUUGAGAUGGAGAUGUUCUGCAAACAGAAAGGAUAUCUAGAAGAGGAGUUGGAUUACAGAAAACAGGCACUGGACCAAGCCUACAUGCAAAUCCAGGAGUUGGAGGCAACAUUAUACAAUGCCUUACAGCAGGACAAGGUGAUAAAGUAUGGUGAACCUCUGGAUGAGCUUCAGAGGGAUGAGCUGCGGACGGCGGUGGAGAAACUGAGGCGGCAGAUGUUGAGGAAGAGUCGAGAGUACGACUGUCAAAUUCUCCAGGAGAGGAUGGAGCUGCUGCACCAGGCACAUCAGAGAAUUCGUGACCUUGAAGACAAGACGGAAAUCCAGAGGAGGCAGAUUAAAGACUUGGAGGAAAAGUUUCUGUUUUUGUUCUUGUUCUUUUCUCUUGCCUUUAUCCUUUGGCCUUGAAGUCUUUGGCGUGUCCCUUAGAAAAGGUGACAUGUCCACUUGGACAUCUCAUCAGUGUUAUCUGUUUUUUGGACAAGCAUGGAACAGUUUGCGGGCCGGCGGCCACCCGCGUCAUAACAUCAGUGACGGCUGUAGGUGGACGUGUCGUGUGUUGACCCUGAACGUUCACAUCUCUGAUUUUCCUUCUUCUUCUUCUUUGGAUGUCUGGAUGCUGCCAACAAAGACAUUUUCCAAAUGCUGUUGGCGUCAGACGUCUGUCCAGACAGUUGGGAUCCACCUAACAGAAGAACGUACACGCAUACACUCACGACACGAUACAAAACACGCUUUGACAAAUCCAAACCAAAGCCUGUGACAAGCUGUCUCUGCCGUGCAGGGGACGAGUGUUCAUUCCAUCUUUCCACAGCAGGAAGAAAAAGAAACCACUCCUUUGUUUCUCCUUUAUAAACCAGAAAGGAUGUUCUUCACGAAUGCUGAACAGAAGAGAGCCAACUCAGGGCCCACGAGCGUGGAGGCUGUUUGGACAGAGUGGUCUCAGGUCAGGCUAUGGCGGCAAACGCCCGGAAAAGCCUCACACAGCCUGCUUGGUGCCGCCGGACGUCUCCCCUCCCGCCGUGCCCCCUACAGAGAUGGUGCGUGUACAGACACGAUAGCCAGGGGAGGACACUCAGGUUUUCCGCCACACACUUGCAUUGUCCACGCGGGAAGCGAUGUUGUUCAAAUCCUCCGUCCCCCUGCGCUCAGCCUGGAUCUCCAUAGAAAAAACGUACAGAUUGUGAAAACGCAUCUUUAUUCUGUCUGAAAAACCAGCUGACUGUAUGAGUUUUACUCUCUGGUUUUCUUCCUGGUCGUUACUGAUUUUUUUUUUUUUUUUUUUUUUUUACAGCUCCCAAAACUUAGACACUGUGUACUAAUAUUUCCACAGAGAGAAAAACCUCCCCCCUCUUCUGUACUGUAAUAUACAUUUGUUGAUAUGUACAUGAGUCUUAUUUCAUGUAGUGUCCCCC